GUGUCGGCUUCGAACAUGGCAUCCAGAUUAGAGAUCAAUUUCGUCCGGUUAUUGUCCCGCUGUGAGUCGAUAGCGUCGGAGAAGCGGGUGGAGACGGAGUGGAGGCUGGAGAAGUAUGUCGGCGCCCUGGAGGAGAUGUUGGUGGCUCUGAGGAAAAGCCCGAGCAAACCGACGCCAGAGGUCCUGACUGAAUACACGAGAAAAGUAGAUUUUCUGAAAGGACUUCUCGAGGCAGAGAAACUGUCUUCAGCGACAGAAAAAGCUUUAGCCAACCAGUUCCUCGCUCCCGGACGAACGCCCACGAUAGCCAACGAGAGGAUGCCGGCAACUAAGACGGUCCACAUGCAGACGAAGGCCAGAUGUACGGGAGAGAUGAGGGACGAGCUGCUGGGGACGGGAUCAUCAGACAAAGGAACAUCGGACCUGAGAAACAGAAGAUGUGUGCCUCUGGAUGAGCGUCAGUCGGCCGCCGAGCUGGACGCCGUCCUGCAGCAUCACCACAACCUGCAGGAGAAGCUGGCCGAGGACAUGCUGAACCUGGCCCGGAACCUGAAGAGCAACAGUCUGGCAGCGCAGAACAUCAUCAAGCAGGACAACCAGACUCUGAGCCAGUCGAUGCGUCAGGCCGACAUGAACUUCGAGAAGCUGAAGACGGAGUCGGAGCGGCUGGAGCAGCACACCAAGAAGUCCGUCAACUGGCUGCUGUGGCUGAUGCUCAUCCUGGUCUCCUUCACCUUCAUCAGCAUGAUCCUCUUCAUCAGAAUCUUCCCCCGACUCAGAUGAUGGCGGCGGCCCAAACCCCCCGAACUGUUCGUCCGACGGCCCGCUGCGUCCGCCGCGGCAGUGGCCUCGCGGGCCUCCGUAGAUCAGCAGCGUCCAGAUCAGUAGCGGUCAGAACCAAAACGGCUCAGUUCGACCAAACGUUUGCACUUUUUGAAGCUGACACUCUGAUGCGAGUUGGGUUUGAAGCAUCAGCGUUCCUUUUGUUAGACAGCAGGACACGAUUGGAGGUGGAAGAGUCUUAAUACGCAGACGACAGCCUUAAUUAUCUUCAUCCUCUUCAGGUCGGUUUGCACUUUGUCAGAAGAGUCCCAGAGUCGUCUUUCUUUAGCACGUUUAUGUCCACCGGGUCUGAUCAGACAGCAGCCGUCCACCACCAGACCCAGUUCUGAUUAUUUCAACAGUGAAUCCAGGUUUAAAAUCAACAUUUCUACGACUUUAAAGAUUCAAAUUUUACCUGCAGACAAAUUAAAAGCAGCUCAGACAGAAUUCAUGUUUCUGCUGAAUUGUCUGGAUUGUGAGACUUUAGAUUUGUUUGACCUUAAAGAAAAAAAAUCAGAUUUUCCGGAUUCGAUAUCUCCAGAACUGUAACAUUAAAUUAGUUUUGGAUGCAGACGUGUUAGUUUUCUGUCCAUAAAAGUGAUUUAAUGGCUCCAGCAGAGGCCACAUUUUUAAUUAUCGGCUCUUAAAAAGUUCAACAUUUUCAAAUGAAGCUGCUUUUGUGACCCCAGAAAGCUCCUGUGUAUGUGGAUGUGUUCAUAUUUCCAGUCUUUGGUCGACGUUUCUCCAACUUUUAGGACGUCUACCAUCAGUGGAGGCUGAUGUGAGGCAGGACGAGGCGACUGGAUGUGCUAAAGUACAGGAUGAGCUGGUUUAACACCAUCUGAACGUUUAGUAAACGGUUUGUUUCGCUCUGUAAUGUCGCUGUAAGCAGAUAUUUUUGAAGCGUUUGUUAAUGAAUACUGUCAUGGAGGAGCUCAUAACUACAUGAUAUCUGCUCGUAGCUGCACCAGAGUGUGUUUUAACCCCUUAAUGACGUGUUCAGGGUGUUAAAGUGUCACUAGCACGAAGCAAUACGACAAAUACUUGAUUUCAUUUUCCUGCCUGUGGAGGUUUGGAACCAUCCUCUGUCGGGUUUUGUCCUCGGUUCUGUGAAGAUGUUUGUAGAAGUGAAGCAGCUGCUGUUCAGUGUCUGUCAUGUUCAUUCCUGUUUCAGAUUCAUCAUCACGACGUGUAGAGAGAGAGCUGUGUGUCUGUAACGUCACCGCAGAGUCAGAAGAAUUAAAGUAUUUCAAUUUAC